AUGGACGAUUCCGAAAAGACAUCCAUGAUGAUGUCCCCGUCGAAACGGUUCGAUCAGCUUCGAAUGCAAAUGCAACAAUAUCAUGAUCAGGCUGGUGCGUUGUACGACGAAGAUGACACCUUUUCCGGUAUGCUUAUGCAAUGGGGUCAAUUUUUGGAUCACGAUCUGGAUUUCACUCCGGUCGAUGCAUCUAUCAGCCGAUUCAGUGAUGGACUCAAUUGUAACGAGACGUGUUUGAACGAUCCACCAUGUUUCCCAAUUCUGGUACCACCCGGCGAUCCGCGUAUCAAGCAUCGUUGUAUUGGAUUUGCUCGGUCCAGUGCCACAUGUGGUUCCGGAUCGACGUCAAUUUUGCUCGGUAAACCGCACUAUCGGGAACAGUUGAAUCAGAUCACAUCGUUCAUCGACGCGUCGAAUGUGUACGGCAGUGAGGAGUUUGAUAAUAGUCAGUUACGAGAAACAUUACAUGACGAGGGGAAAAUGCGAAUGGGUAUGCCAACAGAGAGUGGGAAGCGAUUGUUACCAUUCAAUAUUCGUGGACAGGUCGACUGUCAGGCGGAUCCACAACAAGAUUUUGUGCCCUGUUUCAAGGCUGGUGAUCAUCGAAGCAAUGAGAAUUUGGGACUGUUAUCUAUGCACACGAUAUGGGUCCGGGAACACAAUCGUCUGGCCGAUAGUUUACGCAGUCUCAAUCCGGACUGGUUAGGGGAUCGAAUUUACCAAGAGGCAAGAAAAAUUGUGGGCGCUCUGAUGCAAGCAAUCACCUAUCAGGCCUGGUUACCGCAUAUUCUCGGCCCUGAGGGAAUGAAAUUGAUGGGCGAAUAUCACGGAUACGAUGACACAAUCAAUCCGUCAAUUAGUAACGCGUUUGCCACGGCCGCGAUGCGUUUCGGUCACACGCUUGUCGCGCCGGUCAUGUUUCGUCUAGAUCAGAAUUGGGAUGCGAUACCCGAAGGUCAUCUACUAUUGCACCAGGCCUUCUUCGCCCCGGAUCGGAUGCUCAAAGAUGGCGGUCUGGAUCCGAUUCUUCGUGGCUUGCUCUACAACGGUGUGAGAGAUCGAUCUCGCACACCACCAUUGAAUCCGGAACUCACGGAACGUCUGUUCUUCAUGGCUCAUGAAUUAGCCCUCGAUUUGGCCUCUUUGAAUAUCCAACGUGGUCGUGAUCACGGACUUCCAAGCUACACAGAAUACGCGUAUAAAGUUUGCGGUCUCGGAUCAUCUGCACAUCCGGACUCGUUCGAUGAUUUGCGAGAUCGAAUCUCCAGCGAUGAUAUUCGUGCACGACUUCGCAAAGUCUACGGUCAUCCAGGCAAUAUCGAUUUGUUUGCCGGAGGCAUAUUAGAAGAUCUUCUCCCCGGUGCUCGUGUCGGUCCAACGUUUGCGUGUAUUAUCGCGGAUCAGUUCAAACGUCUGCGAGACGGUGAUCGAUUCUGGUACGAAGCUCACGGUAUUUUCACCCCAGCCCAGCUGGCCGAGAUCAAACGAUCGGGGACCAGUUUGGCCCGGGUAGUUUGUGAUAACGGAGACAAUAUCACUGUGGUGCCUCGUAAUGCAUUCCUACGUCCCACCAAAUUGGAAGAUCUGGUUCAGUGUUCACAAUUGCCCAAGUUAAAUCUAGCUGCUUGGGUGGAUUGUUCACCCAGUCCGAUUGAAAGCUCUCAGCCCGAUUUGGGUCGAGUGCGUCGACGACGUAGCGUUCCACCCCCGGACGAGGGGGCUAACUGUCCAUCAAUGGGAUCGCGCCACGGAAGCAUGAUUCAAGAACUGCAUGCAAAAAUCCGUGAUUUGGAGUCUCAAAUGAUGCGACUGAAGUAUGCAUUGAAUUCUACCGUACCGACACCCUGA